AUGAAGUUGUCUUUAUGGAAUAUUUGGAAAGGAAGCGAGAGAAAAUUAACUGAUGAUUCAAAAAUGGUGACCACGGAAAAAACUAUUUUGGAAUCAAAUGGUCGAAUUGGCAUCUUUGAUACUAAAGCAGGAUGGAAUGCUGAGGAGGAGGAAACCGCCGACAAAGCAAGAGUCCUACAAAAAAAAAACUUCAAGAACUUAGAGAAAAAGAUGGUAAAAACUAUGUUGGUGGAAUGGUGGUGA